AUGUCUGAAGAGAACCAGCUCUUUUGGAAGGCCUACGCCUCGACCGUCAAGAACAUCAUGGUCGGCGGCCCGGUCAGUGACAAUACCAGAGUCUACAUCGCUGCCGCCAACACGGCUGGCAUCUCCGGUGGUAAGGACAUUCCCGCUGUCUGCACUAACUGGGGAAUCUACCAGUAUGCGGACUUUCUGUUGGAUCCCACCAACCCCAACUUUGUCGCCAGCAAAGUCUCGCGCUACUCUGAAGCGCUGAACAUGACCCUGCAGACCCUCACUCCGGGCGCUGGUGGUGAUAACUCCCCCGAUGCCUGGGACAGACUUAACAAGGCUAAGGAGAGAUUGGCUAUCCUUCGCUCUGAGCUGGAUGACGCAAAGAAGCAGGCUAUGCAGGACUUUAAGGACGAUGACAACCCCGACAAGCCCAAGUCAUUCGCUCAGGAGGCUGCCACGAAUGAAGUUCAAAUGAAGACCAAUGCCAUUGGUGGCGCUGGCUCUGCUCUUCUUGCCGAAGCUAUGAAGAGUGCCGCUAACGGAUCCAACACUCUCACUGAAAUCAACGGAUUCAACAUGAAGGCCAGCAUUCAGUCAGUUACUUACGAUGCUGCUGGAAGACCCAUCCUUCCUCACCCGCUCGAGACCCAAUAUGUGCCUCAGUACUCCAUCUCGGGCUACGCUGCCAUGCUCGAUGGCUGGGUUGGCUUCUCGAACAAGAAGCCGGAUGAGUUCGGUAUUAGUCUCUCUACUGGCCAGCAGUCUUCCUUCAAGGACAUCGGCUUUACUGAAGCUCAGGGUAAUGCCUCCUUCAGCCGCUUCCCCGUCUUUGACUUCUAUGCCAGUGGAGGUGGACGUGUUGAGCACUCCAACUUCAACAUGAGCUCUAACGCAAAGGACGUCAAGGUCUCUCUCAAGAUCCAACACUACAAGACCGUUCCAUUUGAGCCUGGUUCUUGGGACGUUGACGUCAACAGUCUCAUUGCUAAGCUUGGUGCUAAGCCGCCCGCCAUGUUUCAAAAGGUCCGCCCUACGCAGAUGCUCGUUGCCCAGGGCGUCAGCAUGGAGAUCAGCUUCAGUGGUGAUGCGAAGACGGCUUUUGACCAGGACUACAAGAAGACGGUCCAAGGUGGUGGUGGAAUCAGUAUUUUCGGGUUCCGCAUCGGUGCUUCUGGCUCCUCGUCUGAGGAGAACGAGUCCCACGGUAACAAUUGGGAUGCGAGCUCCGGUGUCCUCACCAUCAACGCUGAGAACUCUCGUGCUUCCGCCAAUGUUCUGGCUGUCAUGGGUGAGAUUGUCAGCGCUUAG